AUGGCAGCUGCCAAAUCACUCGAAAUGCGAACCACGCCACCCGCCAAGCAGAACCCUGCGACCAACCCAGAGGAUAUCGAUCUCGAAGUCUACCGGGCAGCGAUUACCCUGUUCUCCAUGCGGGCUGCUGAGGAAUAUGUCAUUUUGGACAAGAGCAGUGUCGGCACUGCCAUGGCCGACCCCAACUUACUCUCUAUGCAAGAAGACAAACGGAUCAGAAAUGAUGCCUCCUUGGGUAGCAAAAACUUUGGCGCCUUCAUGGCGGCUACCACGCAUUCGACUAGAACAUCCAGUACCCAACCCAUCCAUGUUUUCCAGUCUUCGCCUGGGUUCUGGCUCAAAUCGCGAUGCCAGAUCUUCGCUGUCGCCCACUUUCCGCGUCGGCAUGUCGCAUCUCUCCACAACACCUCUGUCAUCGCCCGAGCAGAGUCCGACAGCUAA